GAAAUGCCCUCAAAAGGCUCAAGCCGCUAAAGGGAGAAAGAAGCGGGAAGAGUCGCUAAGUUUUUUCUACUUAAGUCAGUUUCUUAAUAGGAUUUCGUUCUCAGAUCUUCUUUUUCUAUUGUUUCUCUCACUUUCUUCUCUGAUUUUCGAGAUCAGAAAUCUUCUACUGUUUGAAAUUCAUUGAGAGAGGAUAUGACUGAUUCAGUUAUGACUCCACCUAUUGAGACUCUGGAAGAAUCUUCUGACGUCCAACCUUCAGCACAUCCACCUCUAAAUGAAAGAAUACUUUCAUCCAUGUCACGGAGGGCCGUUGCAGCUCACCCUUGGCAUGAUCUUGAGAUAGGACCUGGAGCUCCUGUGGUUUUCAACUGUGUUGUGGAGAUAGGGAAGGGGAGUAAGGUCAAAUAUGAACUGGACAAGAAAACUGGAUUGAUCAAGGUUGACCGUGUACUGUAUUCAUCGGUUGUGUACCCCCACAACUACGGAUUCAUCCCACGUACUCUUUGUGAGGAUAAUGACCCAUUGGAUGUUCUCGUCCUCAUGCAGGAACCUGUUCUUCCUGGAUGCUUUCUUCGGGCUAAAGCCAUAGGCCUCAUGCCUAUGAUUGAUCAGGGAGAGAAAGAUGACAAAAUAAUUGCCGUUUGUGCUGAUGAUCCUGAGUACCGACACUACACUGACAUCAAGGAGCUCGCACCUCAUCGUUUGGCUGAAAUCAGACGUUUUUUUGAAGACUACAAGAAAAACGAGAACAAGGAAGUUGCAGUGAAUGACUUUCUGCCUGCCAAGACUGCAUAUGAAGCUAUCCAGCACUCCAUGAAUCUGUAUGCUACCUAUAUUGUGGAGAACCUGAGGAGAUAAGAUGGAUGCAUGGAUUGAUUCUGAAGUUCUUUGUCCUGGUACUCGUAGCAAGGCUUCCUUGUGAAAGAAUUCUAUAAUUUUGUAUUCUCACUUUUUGAUGUAAUCAAACAUGUGAAAGAAUUUCUAUAUCCUUGUAUUCUCACUUUUUGAUGUAAUCAAACAUUUCCCUAUAUUAUUCUCCAGAUGAAUGGACUCUUACCUCA